UGGAGCAUUCGAGAGCUGGAACCGAGAGACCACUGUUUUCCUAGAUUCGGGGACUGACAUGAGCCGAUUCCAGAAACCGUGGAACAGUGGAAAAAUUUGAACCUGUAAGACAAUGCUCCAACCAGGGAUGUCUCUGGUUUCCCGGACUUCGGCCAACUGUUUUCCCGUCCCUUUGCUAUCCCCGCCAUUUCGUCAUGUUGACAAUAUUGAAUUGGAAAAUGACAGCAUUGUAAACGAAUUUUUAAAUUUUUGGCGUAAUUCAAGUUGUCAACGUAUUGGAUUUUUAAUUGGAAAAUAUGAACAAUUUAGUGAAGUUCCAUUGGGGAUUAAAGCUGUUGUUUGUGCUAUUUAUGAACCUCUACAAAAUUCAAAUGAAAAUUCUGUUGGAUUUGAAAUUAAUGAAAAUGGGGAAGAAAAUGGUGUGGAGGAAAAGAAGAAUUUAAAUGUUAAAGUUGAUCAACUUUGUUCUUGGUUGGGAAUGAAACGUGUUGGUUGGAUUUUUACUGAUCUUUGUAGUGAAUCGAGGACGUUGGGGACUGUUAAAUGUAUUAGAAAUGAGGAUUCAUUUUUACUUUCUGCUUCUGAAUGUAUAACUGCUGGCAAUUUACAAUCACAUUUUAAAAAUGCUACAAAUUAUUGUGAUACUGGCUAUUUUGGUUCUAAAUUUGUUACUGUUGUUGCAUCAGAUAAUUCUGUAAGGAGAAAAUUUUUUUCAUAA